CAGUUCAUUCGUUUUGAAACGACAUUCACGUCAGUUUUCGUUUACUUUACAAUUUUGAAAUAAAAUCAUGGAAUUGAAAGGCCUUAUACUAGUUCUUGUAAUUCUAUGUGUUACUACUGACGCUAUUGAUCAUUAUACUGUUGUCAAUAUUCAUAACGGAUACAGCGAGAAGAAAGCCAAUAAAACGGAUCAUAUUACUACGAUAAUUCAUCCUUUUGACUUAAUUCAUAACUUAACGUCAAAGUUAGAUGCAUAUGAAACACGAUUUGAAAACUUGGAGGAUAAGAUAGAAAAUGUAACUGUAAAGUUGGACAUCUGUGAAGGUAAACUGGAUCAGAUCUUGAGGUCAAUAGACGGAAACGCGAGACCUCGGGACUGCAAUGAAGUCCAAAACCUCGGAUAGACGAGAACUGGCGUUUAUACUAUUUACCCCAAACCUGGUGUUAAAGGCUUUAAAGUUAGGUGUGACAACGACCGGUGGAUGGACCGUCAUACAACGCAGAGUGUCGGCGAGUGAUUUCUACAAAACUUGGGAUGAAUACAAAUCUGGCUUCGGUGAUGUGAGCGAAAACUACUGGCUCGGAAACCAAGCAAUACACAUGAUUUCUUCUCAAGGUAAAUACAAGUUACGUGUAGACUUGACCAUUAUGGAAAACGAGACGGCAUAUGCAGAAUACGAGUCGUUUUUGCUCGGAGAUGCACAGUCCAAUUACAGGGUAUCAUUUGGCAGCUACACUGGGAAUGCUGGAGACAGUUUAAGAAGGCACAACAACAAAAUGUUUACAACAAAAGAUAGGAAAAAUGACCAAGACGGAAGUCGAAACUGUGCGCAGAUCUACAUCGGCGCUUGGUGGUAUACACAAUGUCAUGACGCUAAUCUGAACGGGGAUUACGGCAAUAAAGCAUUCGGAAAAGGGCCUGUUUGGGAACAUUGGAAAGGUGACUAUGCUCCUCUUAAGGCAACAGAAAUGAAAAUAAGACCGAUGUAACGGAAUGAUAUGGACGACUUAAGUGAACGAUUUUAGUCAAAUGCAACAUUUUUAAAGAAACGAAACAAUUUGACCUUUGUCAGUUUUUUUUUUUUCAAAUGUCACGUUAUUAAUAAUAAUGUAAAGGAUCAAUAUAUUAAAUGGUAUUUUGUUUCAGUUUGAAAUGAUGUAUUUGACAGGAUCCAUUGUUUUAUUUUUGUUAGUGUUUCAGCUUCUCAAACUAGCUCUGUAUUCUAAAAGAUAUGUGUAGGUUAAAAAUGGUUCGUUUCAGUCAAAAUAAUUUGACAGUAAACGCGUUGCUAUUAUUUUCUUUAACGGUAGUGUCUAAAAGAAAUCUUUGUUUUGAAAUUGAAUUUGUUUUUGAAUUCCUAUAUAACUGUACUUAUUUCGACUCGUAUUUCCUGUAAAUUAAGUCACAACCGAGUUUUAAUUUUAUCAAAUAUUGCAAGAUUUUAUCAAGUAUCGCUUAAUCUUAUAACUUACAUCUAGGAUGAAUGUGUUAUUUCAUCAGAUAAUUUGAACUGCAACAAAGAAAUGCGAAAAAGCUUUGAAUAUAUAUACUAAACAUUUUUUCCUAAGAUGUUAUUUAACUUUUAUUAAAGUAAAUAGUUCAUUGAUUUUUAUUUAAUCAAAGUAAAAAGUAAUAUAUUAAAAUUAGAAAAUUUUGUUGUGAUAUAAAACCAUUUCAAACAUACUCAUUUAUUAUAAUCAAAGGAUACAUUACACUAUACCUAUUCAUAUAAUUUCCAAAUUGCCGUCUUGUAUUUCCUUUUCGACGAGACGUAUAACUUCGGCAUACCUUACGGAAAUUAACUAUUAUUUGAAACUAUUUGAAACCAGUAAUUUUUGUUCAAAUUAAAGAGCAAUGCACUUUUUAAAAUAAGUUAGUUGCGUUACAAAAAAGCUGGUGAGCUGAGCUGAUUUCAUUUUGAAACAUUUCAUUUAUAUUAUUUUCUCCUAGACGCACAAAUAUUGUCACGUUGUAAAUGUGCUUGAUCAUCAACCUAUUAUAAAAAUACUGUAAUGUGUAUUUUCUCUCUUUGUAUUGAUUAUUUACGGACCGGUGCUUCCCUGUGGUAUACCGGAGAUAUAUUCCAGAUUGUUUAGGAUUUACCCAAACUUUCGGAACAGUUUACAUGAUUUGAUGCAUCUGUCAUCUAACUCUUAUUCGUUCUAUCCUCUAUUCACAUUAGAUUAUGUUUGUUCUCAUGACCAAAAUAACACGUCCUUAGUUAAGCGAAUGAGUGAAUAUUAUAUUAUUGUAUGGAAUUUGAAUAUCAUAUUUGUUUCCGAUAGAUUAAUGUAAUUGUACAUAUUAUCGCAAGAUUAUUCAUGGAUAACAUUCUUAUGUUGUAUAUAUUCUGUUACUGUGUCUAAAUAUGAUGUAUUUAUUAUAUACUAUCUAAUGAAACAUUGAGAAAUAUUGAUGAAACAUAAUGCAUAAUUUCAUUGUUGUUUACCGUCUACGUUUCCACUGUUUUCUCCGAACAAUCUUGGGAGGUUUUGCUAGUGAUUUUGCUAUCACUUAAAGAGAAAAAUGUAUAUAUGAAUAGUGAAGUAAACUAUU